GCGACCCGGUCGUGACGUCACGCUCGGCACGCGGGAAACGCGGCGCAUGCGCAGUGGCGCGAUCCGGAAGCGAUUUGACACGCGCGCGCGCGCUUGCGCGCGGGAGAGAGCGAGCGGGGAUAGAGAGAGAGGGGAGAGAGAGAGGGGGAGAGAGAGAGGGGGAGAGAGACAAAGGCGGCAGGGGAACUGAGAGAGAGGUCAACGCGCCCGAAGUUCGCGCUAUUUUUUUUUCCCCUUCCCCCUUUUCACCUCACACACCCCCCCUCACACACACAAACGCGCGCACCUCAACUUUUAAGCAAACAAGUUCUCAACGACGACAACAAGUUGAACGCUUUAAUUCUGGAGGCGUUAGGGAUGGGCGACAACGUCUUCGCCAUCGACCUCACGGACGGCGCCGAGGGAGCCGAAGACGCCUCCUCGGCCUCGGCGGACGACGACGCUGAGGAGACGGCGGACUGCGUGUGUGUAGACGAUGGUUGUGGUGCCACAGAGUUGCUGGUGCUGGGCUCCCAGCUGGGACCGCUGGGGGGUGGCGACAUUGGGGUUGGGGGGUCCCUCCCCCCAUCUCCCCCACCGGGCCCAGACUCGUUCCAGCUGCUGCGGGUGCUGGGACAGGGAGCCUACGGGAAGGUCUUCCAAGUCAGAAAGGUUUUGGGAGCAGAUUCCGGAAAAAUCUUUGCUAUGAAGGUUCUAAAAAAGGCCAGCAUUGUCUGCAACGCCAAGGACACUGCCCACACUCGUGCUGAGCGCAGCAUCUUGGAGAUGAUUCAGCAUCCAUUCAUAGUAGACCUGGCGUAUGCCUUCCAGACGGGCGGAAAACUCUACCUGAUACUGGAGUUUCUCAGUGGGGGAGAGCUCUUCAUGCAGCUGGAGAGAGAAGGGAUCUUCAUGGAAGACACAGCGUGCUUCUACCUAGCGGAGAUCUCCCUGGCCCUGGGUCACCUCCACACACACGGCAUCAUCUACAGAGACCUCAAGCCAGAGAACGUCAUGCUGAGUCAUCUCGGCCACGUGAAGCUGACCGACUUUGGGCUCUGCAAGGAAUCCAUCCAUGACGGCAGCGUCACUCACACCUUCUGUGGCACCAUAGAGUACAUGGCCCCUGAGAUCCUGACGAGGGGAGGGCACAACCGGUCUGUGGACUGGUGGAGUCUGGGAGCUCUCAUGUACGACAUGCUGACUGGGGCGCCGCCGUUCACGGCUGAGAACCGCAAGAAGACGAUUGACAAAAUCCUGCGGUGCAAAGUGAACUUCCCUCCCUACCUCACUCCAGACUCUCGCGACCUUCUCAAGAAGUUGCUGAAGAAGAACCACUCCAACCGGCUAGGAGCGGGAACACGCGACGUGGAUGACGUGAAGGCUCACCCAUUCUUCAAGCUAACGCCCUGGGCUGACUUACUCUCACGCAAAGCGGAGCCUCCGUUUAGGCCUUGCCUGCAAUCGGAGGAUGACGUGCGACACUUUGAUGCCAAGUUCACGAAGCAGCCGCCCGUCGACAGCCCGGAUGAUAGCUCCCUGAGUCACAGCGCGGACCUUGCGUUUCAGGGCUUCACGUACGUGGCCCCGUCCGUGCUGCACAGCCUGAAGGAGCGAUUCUCGUUCCAGCCCAAGGUGCGCUCCCCUCGCUGCAGGGGCCACCACAGCGACAGCCCCCACCUCACGGCCCUCAGCCCCGUCAAGUUCAACCCCCUCUCGGAGCCGUUCGCCGCUUGCCCCGCCGACGACCCCUCCUCCGCCUUGAACGUCGCCGGCGGAGGAGCUGGAGGAGCGGGAGGAGUUGGAGGAGGUGGAGCUGGAGGAGGAGCUGGAGCUGGAGGAGCUGGAGGAGUUGGAGCUCCUCCUCCUCGCUCCGCUAGCGGCAGGCCGGGAGGGAAAGCGCACCAAGAUGGCCGAAGGGGGGCGUCGUCGGCGUCGAAGCACCGGCAGCACCACAGCCCCGGCCACAACUCCUCCGCGCCCCUCCCGAUCAAACCGGGGAAGGCGGCCAAUGGCUGAAACCUCGGGGCGGUGGGGGUGGCGGUGGGGGUGGCGGUGGGGGUGGUGUCGGGGGCGGGGGGCAGAUGCCAAAUCCGGGACGAAACGGAAAACAGAAAACUGUUGAUUUAAGGCUUUUCGCGACUGCAGGGAAUCACGUCCUUGGUUAUUCCGGUAAAGUUCACCACCGCGUAGGAGGGGAGAGAAUUAAAAAAAUAAAAAUAUAAAACGAUGAAAUUCUCACGACGUUUUCGACUGCAACACAAGCAGCAGCGAUCAUCAUCAGGUGUGAAAACCAGCACGUAGGAAAGGAAACAAUAAAAUAAUAA